AUGUCGAUUGAUCUCUCUCUAGACAGGAUUGUCAAGCUGUUCGCCGCACUCCCGGAGGCGUACAAUCGACCCACCAUCCACAUCGCUGGGACGAACGGCAAGGGGAGCGUCUGCGCCUACGUGUCCUCCAUCCUCUCUCACUCUGGCCUCACCGUCGGAAGAUUCAACACACCGCAUCUCCUCGAGGUCAUCGACAGCAUUUGCAUCAACAACAGGCCAAUCUCUCCGGAGCUUUUUGCGCCCGCACGCCAAGCGGUCCUGGAUCUCGACAAAGCACAUGGCUGCAACGCGAGCGGCUUCGAACUUUUCACCUGCGCCGUGCUCCUGAUCUUCCAACGCCUGGACGUCGACAUCGUCGUCCUCGAGGUCGGGAUGGGCGGCCGCCUGGACGCGACCAACGUCGUGCCUGACGACGCCAUCCUCGUGUCCGCCCUCACCUCCGUCGACCUCGACCACCAGGCCUUCCUCGGGACCACCGUCGAGCAGAUCGCCCGCGAAAAGGUCGCGAUAGCCCGCCCCGGCAAGCCCUUCGUCCUCGGGCCGCAGGCACACCCCUCGGUAGCCACCGUCGCGCGGACCGCGGUCGAGGCCGCCGGGGUGCCUUGGUCGCCGCGUGCAGGGUCGCGCCCGUCGCGUGGGACGAGGCACGCGACGGCCCGACGGAGACGGGCUCGCUCGUCCCGCCCCGCCAGCCCGUCGAGCUCGCGAUCCCUGCUUCCCCGCGCCGGUCCGCGCGUUGCCCCCCUGCGCGGCGCGCACCAGCUCGACAACCUCGCGACCGCGGCGGGGAUCGUCGCCGCGCUGCUCGCGCCGCCCUCGCCCUCGCCCUCGCCGUCGGUGCGCGCGCUGCGCCUCGCCGAGCGCGUCACCCCGGUGGCGGUCGCGCGCGGGAUUGGCGCGACGCGCUGGCCCGGACGGCUCUCCUUCCACACCCUCACGCUUCCCGCCGACCCCACCCCCGACUCCAUAAUGACGACGACAACGGCGCGCAUGCUCGUCCUCGCCGACGGCGCGCACAACCCCGCGUCCGCCGGCGCGCUCGCCGCCUACCUCGAGUCGCUCGCCGCCACCACAGUGGCACGGCCCCUCACGCUCACCUACGUCCUCGGCCUCUCGCACUCCCCGCCGAAAACCCCAGCGCAGACGCUCGCCCCGCUCCUCGCGGUACGUGCGCGCGCGGGCCCGCCGAUCAAGCUCGGUGCCGCGCUGCUCGCGUUCACGCCGCCGCAGGACAUGCCGUGGGUGAAGGCGGUGCCCCCCGAGGACAUCGCCGCGGCCGUGGCGGAGCUCGCGCCGUCGGGCGACGUCGAGGUGUGGCGUGACCCGCGCGAUGACGACGGACACGGACGCGUCGAGCGCGCCCUCCGCUGGGCGGCCGCGCGCGGGGACGGCACGCAAGGCGACGCGCUCGUCGUCGUCGCGGGCAGCCUGUACCUCGUCGCGGACUUUUAUCGGCUGCUGGAGAAGCUGGGGCAGGCGGGGGAGAUCUGGGGUUUGAACUGA